GUCCAUCUCUUGGUGAAUUUAUCAGGUGAUCUGGCAGGCUAUCAUGAAUCAUGCUCAGAGAACCAGCUUAGAUAUUAUCGAACAUAGAAACCUGCAGUGUGUAGGAGUGCUUCAUUUAUCUUCCAGACUAGACCAUUCAAAGCUCAUUUCUCGUCCACGCUACAAAUUCACAAUGACAGCUGUUUCCAAUUAUUUGGUUUUGCCGAAAAACCCUCGGCUCCAUCUUUCUUCUGGCUCUUCCUUGAAGCCAUCAGACCGAUGUCUUGGGAGUUGUGGCUUGGCCAAUUUGUCAUUCAGUUCAAAUCGUCUGUGCAAAGUACAACUUUCUACCUCUAGAAGGAAUCUCACAGUUCAAGCUGCAUAUAGUGAUGGACAGUCAAAUAGUGCAGGCAUCUUCAUUGGUGGCUUUGUUUUGGGAGGAAUUAUAGUGGGCACACUUGGUUGUGUAUACGCACCGCAGAUCAGCAAGGCACUAGCUGGUGCUGCAGCCGACCGAAAGGAUCUUAUGAGAAAAUUGCCCAAGUUCAUAUAUGACGAAGAAAAAGCAUUGGAGAAAACACGGAAAAUUCUGGCCGAAAAGAUUGCCCAGCUAAGCUCUGCUAUAGAUGAUGUUUCUACUCAGCUCCAUGCAGAAGAUGAGAGCCCAGAUGGAGUUGCUGUAAACUCUGAUGAAAUUGAAGCUACUGUAUGAGAUCUCUGAUCGUCCUUCCAUUAUAGGCAACUUCAAUCUUAAGAAAUAACAUUGAAUUUGUUGUCAUGUUUUUCUUUUCUUCUUGAGAAGCGCUGGUUCUAAAACUAUGUCCCUUGCAUGGAUAUAUUUAUAUAUAUACACACUCUAUUGCUUAUAUAAUCAAUGAGAGGUUUGCCUGUUAUUGCCAUAAA